UUGGCUUAAACGCGUAUCACUUUUCGGAAAAGCGUUGUGUCUAGCGGUUUUUGGCGUUGUGUGCGUACGUCACUCAACGUCUAUCUUUUUUUGAAUAUACCUUUAUUUCAUUUCCCUUUCGUGGCUUGUUCUACUCGCUUUUUGUGCGUGUUUCCGUUUUUCAUAAAUUUAUUUCGAAAAUGCCGUCAGGCCACAAGGCAAGCUUAUAUAAGCAAGUAUAACAAAUUGUACGAGAAAUAUAAACGCGUAAAAUAUAUUAUAUUUAAAUUUGAAAUAUGGUCGAAAGUGUAAACUACAAAAUACUAGUUGUUGAGUUCAAAGUGCCUACGUGGAUGUAAAAAUAUUGAAAAUCAGURGAAGCAAAACGUGUGUAAACAGCGUGAAAAGCGUACAGAAAUAUUAUAACAAAAUACCAGAUAGUUAGGUAUGAUGUGAUCAAAGCUACAAUGCGAAUGUGUGUAGUAAGGUCUGUGUAUGGAAAUGAAGGUUGAGAAAAUAGUUAGAUACAAUGCUGCAAGCUUUACUAGCAAUUUAAUGAACAGUUGGAUCUCAUUAGUUCACAAUCGUAAGGCUAGGUGCCCGGCUAUAUAGCUAGUCUAAUGGUUGUUUUAAAAGUUUAAUAUUCUAAAUUGUGGAAUUAAAAACUGGCAUUUUUUCUUUACACAACUUCUGUAGUUAUUAGUGCAGAGAAUAGAAACGAAAAAGGAAAUUAAAAAAAAAWAAUAAUAAUAAUUGUCUCACAUGUCUAUGCGCACAAGCAAAGACAAAUAAGAUAAAACAAUUACCUAGAGAAGGAAAGAAAAGGUCAAAUAAAUAUAUAUGUGUAUGAAAUAUUUCAGAUAACARAAGCAAAUACAAGUGAAUAAAUGAAAUAGCACAAGUUGUUUUUGAAAGCUAUUAUAACCGUGUUAUUUAGCUUGAAACUGCGAAGCCAAAGCGAAUAAAAAUAAGAAAAAAACAAUACAAAACGCAUAAAUAACCAAAGCAAAAAUUAAGAAAAUACGAAAUAAGUACACAGCAAAAUUAUAAAAACAUUCACCAACAUUACACAACCAAUAGACUACCGAACAUGUCCGAUAACGGUGAGCAACAAGCGCCCACACAACCGACUGCCGUCUCACAUCCUCUGCAGGAUAUCGCCUUGGAUGUGCCGGACGAUGCUGCCGGUAGCAAACAAAACUGGGUUAGAUUCGACGAUGACGAGGCGUCCCAUAAAAAUGCCAACAACAAUAGAAACACCAACGGCGAUGAUAACAUAGGAAAUGCCACACGCAUUAGCCCCACCACCGUCAGUAGCAGCGGCCGAGACGGGCUGGCUGCAGAACUAACAGCGACGACGCCAACUCCGGCAAACCGGUCAGCCCCCGCCACUCUACUACCAGCGCCGCCCAGUCGAAAGCAAACAUCUGUGGCUACCGCGUCAAUACCAAUAACAACGGCAACAACAGCAGCCAUAGCGCGACCGCGCUCACCACUCAGCGGCGUAGAGAGUGCAAGCGGUGCCGAAGCGAUCGUGUCAGCACCAGCACCUGUUCAGCGUGCAACAACAAGAACAACGGUUUCUGUCGCUUCACCUACAACGCCAGGGCCGGAUGUAGCACCCGCUGUUUUAAACACGGAGAGUACGCAUGUCAAUUUGAAUGCAUCCGGUCGUUCGCAACCGAAACUACAACAACAUCACRCACCCACUGCACAGCCAAGCGGKCAACAGCACCAGCAGCAACUACAACAGCCAAAGGCUAAAUUGUCACCGUCAAAUGUUGCUGGAGUCGCAAGCGCUGGCCAUCUACAACAGCAGCAACAACAGCAUUAUCAAAAUAACAAUGGCACAUCGCCAUCGAAUGGUAGUAGCCAUAAAGUGGCAGCAACAACAACAUCGAGCGUAUCAAUACCCGUCGAAACGGUGCCACCGAUGCGUACCAUUGAACUGUCGACGGGUCGCAUACGUGAAGGUUUCGCUAACGGCGAUGUUAUAGUUACUUUGCUACCUGCCAACAUUAAGUGGCCAUGGAUAACGCCAGCUAUAUUCCGUCCUGAACUGGUACCGGAAGAACUGAUGGCGCAAGGUUUAACCCUCACCGUCGAAGAGUAUGUCCACGCCAUGGAGACAUUGGUCAACGAUUACCGCUUCACCGUCUACAACAUCUGCUACAAGCGCAUACUCGUCUGCUGGAUUUUGCUAGCCUUCACAGUGCUGCUCACAUUGCUCUUUUCCGGCCUACAGGGCGUAGCGCUCUUCUCACUCGGCGUCGGUUGGCUAUUCCUCAAUGCCGCCGCCAUUUUCCUCUGCAUGUGGGUAAAACUGCGCUUGUCACGUGGCUUGGAGAAAUGCUUGGCGCGCGUCAAUCGUCAGCUAAUGAAGCACAAAAUUCUACUCAUACUCGACGACCGUGGACGCAUCUCAUGCCACAAAGUGAACUUGUGCUUCAUGUAUUUUGAUGCGACGCAAUGUGUCAGUUUCCUGAAUGAAUUUCUCGAACACACCGAACAAAACGGCGGUGAGGCCAUCAAGGCUGGUUGGGAGCGCAAAUUAGAUAUUGAUGUGAAUGAUAUUGUCAUACAAGGCAAUAAUCCGGUGCGGUUGUCGCGCAAACAGGUUGUAGCACAGGAGCUGUUCCUCAGCUAUUUGCAACGUUGGGGCAAGGAUUUCCUGCGUCGCCGCUUGGACUGGACCGUGCAGGAGGCGGGCGUACACGRGACUCCACGCCAUUUGCAAUCGUCCAUUUGCCCGUGUCAGUACGAGGAGGAGCUGCUGCGCAACAAAAUCAAAAUACAGUUGCGAGCCAAACAGUGCUGUGGCAUUAAUUGCAUCGGCUGCUGGCUUUAGACGCGCUUGAACAACGGCGCAAGCAAAAAAAUCGUAAUUUUGUUGAAUCACAAUUUGGCUCAAACAUGAAAAUGUGCAAAGACAUAUUUAAAAUUUACGAUUUUGAACGCAGGCACAUUAAAACAUUAAACAAAAAUUAAAAUAAACAAAAAUGUUUUUGUAUAUACUCCA